CUCUCUCUUAUCUCUCUCCUCUCUCACUUCUUAUCAUCAAUAUAUUACUGUACUGGCCAAAGUACAAGCCUAAAAAAAAACCCUUGAAUCCCUUUUUCCGUUUGGCAAAUCUCUGCUGCAGAGCCCCCCGCCAUGACAGAUCCUUACUCCAAUUUCUUCACUCCCAAUUCCUUCAACUUCAUCCCUCUCCAUUCCGAAUCAAACCCUUCUUUAAAUUUCUCUCUCUCCCACCACUCCCAUUCCGCCGCCGCCCAUUGCCGGCCGCCGUCCCCUCCGCCGCAGGCCCUCCCUCUCCUCAACACCCUCUCGCCGGAAACCGCCGACCCCUCCUCCACCAGCUGCAGCUUCGACGACGAAUCUGCCCUCGCCCUCGAAAUCAGCCUGUCUUGCCCUAGCUCCGAUCUGGAAUCCCAUUUCUCGCCGGAGCCGGCCGGAAAACCCGACGACGCCGACCUUUCCGGACACCCUUUGGAGAGCUCCGGCAAGGGUCAGUUCUGGAUUCCCACUCCGGCUCAGAUCCUCAUCGGCCCUACGCAAUUCUCUUGCCCUCUUUGCUCCAAAGCCUUCAAUAGAUACAAUAAUCUUCAGAUGCAUAUGUGGGGGCAUGGUUCUCAGUACAGAAAGGGACCAGAGUCCCUAAAAGGGAGUCAGCCAACGGCAAUGCUGCGGCUGCCGUGCUACUGCUGCGCCCCGGGCUGCAAACACAACAUCGAUAACCCGAGGUCGAGGCCGCUCAAGGACUUCCGCACCCUCCAAACACAUUACAAGCGAAAGCACGGCGUCAAGCCCUUCACCUGCCGAAAAUGCAGCAAAGCCUUCGCCGUGAAAGGCGACUGGCGAACCCACGAGAAGAACUGUGGGAAGAUUUGGUAUUGCUUCUGUGGCUCCGACUUCAAACACAAGCGCUCGCUCAAGGACCACAUCAAGGCCUUUGGACGAGGCCAUGGCGCCCUAGGCCUCGACUACUUUGAAGAUGACAACGAACCUGCGUCCGAAGUCGAACAUGAAGGCGUUGUCAUCCAUUGAGAUCUACAUAGUGAUGAUCCUUUUUUUCGUUCUUCGUUCUUGUUUGUGUGUCGAAAUAAUGUGUCGAGCAAUCGAAGAGAGCGAUCGAUGUUCGUUGUUAUGUUCCGUGGUGUUAUGUGUAUAUUAUGUGUUGAGCUGAUCGGUUAA